AAAAAGCAGUCCGGUUGAUGUGAAAUGAUGACUUAGCGCACGGCGUUACAGGUGACUGGAGACAGCUGGGAGCGUCUGGGAGCCGGGAGGGGCGCAGCAGGCGGACCUGGAGCGGAGGGCGCGCGCUGAUGGAGCCGACUCUGUAAGCUGGAGGUGAAUCCCCAACCUGUGAGUGCUGCCCGGGGCCGGCGCGUCACCUCAAUGACGGGAUAAGAGACAAUGAAGCGGCGAGGGGCGACGGGGAUAAAACGCGUCCAAGUCACGAGGAUGGAAACGCGCGUGCCGUGACGGACAGCGCGAGGAACUGAGUAGAGGUAAAGCAGAGGAAAGUUGUCUAAAUAAUUAGUGGUCCCUGUGCUGAAGAAAGAAAAACUGAUACAGACAGCAGAUGUGCCAAGCGCGCUCAUAUCUAUAAACAAGCUGUGGAAACUGACUUUCUUUUUUUUAAAAGACAAGACCUGAGCCAGAAAGAGAAGCGAUCAUGGAGCCGGAGGGGACCACAGAGGGACAAGCCUCUAACAUGGCUCAAUCUGCCGCCUCAAAAUUGUCCCAGAUGGGCGAAAGAACUAAACAGCUGGGCAACGUAAUCCAAGACCCAGAACGACAGAAACGAGUUAUUCUAGUGAUAGUUUGCACAGCACUAUUGUUAGACAACAUGCUUUACAUGGUAAUUGUGCCAAUUAUACCCGACUACCUUGAAGGGCUACAGAAAGCAGCGGAUCAUGCCCAGGCUGCUUUACCGCACUCCAACUCCUCCAACAGCACGACCCAUAAAGUCGACAAGGGGAACUUCGACGUGCAGAUUGGCGUGCUUUUCGCCUCGAAGGCCAUCCUGCAACUUUUAGUCAACCCGAUAAGUGGAACCUUUAUAGACAGAGUUGGGUACGACAUCCCGCUCUUCAUCGGACUUAAUGUCAUGUUUCUCUCCACCCUCAUAUUUGCCUUUGCUGACAACUACGCGACCCUGUUCCUGGCGCGCAGCAUGCAGGGCCUGGGCUCCGCGUUCGCGGACACUUCGGGGAUCGCCCUGAUCGCCGACAGAUACACGGAGGAGGCGGAGAGGAGCAAAGCGCUGGGUAUCGCCUUAGCUUUCAUCUCUUUUGGAAGUCUGGUGGCGCCCCCGUUUGGGGGGGUCCUCUACGAAUUCGCGGGGAAACGCGUGCCUUUCCUGAUACUGGCCUGCAUCUGUCUCGCUGACGGUGUGCUCUGUCUGACUGUGCUGAAGCCCUUCUCCAACAAGGAGAGAGAAAACAUGCCAGUGGGCACCCCGAUAUACAAACUUAUGAUUGAUCCUUACAUCGCCGUGGUGGCUGGUGCUCUCACCAUAUGUAACAUCCCUCUUGCCUUCCUCGAGCCCACUAUCGCCAACUGGAUGGAGGAAACCAUGCAUUCCAGCCAGUGGGAGAUCGGCAUGACAUGGUUCCCCGCGUUCUUCCCUCAUGUUCUCGGUGUAUAUCUCACUGUCAAAUUGGCGGCCAAGUACCCGCACCUCCAGUGGUUUUAUGGUGCUAUAGGCAUGGUGUUUAUAGGCGCGAGCUCCUGCACUGUGCCUGCCUGCAAAAACUUCGGACAGCUCAUGAUCCCGCUGUGUGGCAUCUGUUUCGGCAUCGCCUUCGUGGACACGGCGCUCCUGCCGACACUUGGUUUCCUGGUGGAUGUGCGACACGUGUCAGUGUACGGCAGCGUGUACGCUAUCGCGGACAUAUCUUACUGUGUGGCCUAUGCCCUCGGGCCCGUGGCGGCGGGUAAAAUAGUGCACGACCUGGGCUUCGUGCAGCUCAACCUGGGCAUGGGCCUGGCCAAUGUACUUUACGCACCGGCGCUCCUCCUGCUGAAAAACGUGGCGCAGAUGCGACCCUCGUUCUCCGAGCGAAACAUGCUCCUGGAAGACGGUCCGACGGGACUGUAUGACACGAUCAAGAUGGAGCAACGGGAAAAGAAGAGGAAGGGUUUAUGUACGACGAUCGACGAGAAUGGCAUCGAGACCUUUGCGCAGCGAUCGUAUUCAGAGGAGGAAUCCUCCGGAGGAGAGUAUGCGUAAAAGACUUUAAAUGGAGUGCCAAACUAUCCAAGUGCCCAUGAAGAGUUGUGCGUACUCAGUCAAAUUCAAUCAACUGCAUAACACGAUUAACAUUGUGUCACGACGACAAUUAUUUACUGCUUUUCGUGACAAUACCUCCGGGGUUUUUUUUUUUUUCCGAGUCAAGUCGCUUAAGCUUUUUGCAGUAUAGACCGGCGCUGGUGUUUCUUCAUUUUAUCAUUUUAGUAUUGUGAAAGAUAUGCUGACAUAAAUGUCUCUUCGUUAACAAUAUUUAUGACCGUAACAAAAUCUUAUUGUAUUCAGGGAUUGUGUGUAAAUGUGUGAAAACAAAAAGAGCAAAUGUAAUGUAUGCGUCUUUCUGUGUGAUAUGUAUUCUUUUUUGCUGCUAACCUCAAUAUGCAAAUCGUACGGUAUAAGAGUUUUGGAAAGGUGGAAACUAUCUGAAAUCUGCGUCUUGUUCGUUUAUGUUUGGAUGAUGUACUUAUGGAAUGCAUAGCCUCAAUGUAUGAACUGCAACUGUAUAUAAAUGUACAUUUGUGUACAUAAUUAAAUCAAUAUUAUGUGAAUGGCACUGUUUAACGAAUUUAUUUAUUUACAUAAUAAAUACAUU